AUGUCGCCAGAAAAAUGUGCCCCGAAGACAAAUUCAAAGCUUCCAGAAAAACAUUUUCGCGAAAUACCUAAUCCUUUAGUACAAGGUUUACAUAUAGCGUGUGUAGAAGUAUUUACCACUUCCAUAAAACCUGCAGAUUUUGUCAAAGUUUCAUUGGACAUUGUUCUUAUGAAUGGUAGAAAGGGCGUUGCUUUGCAGCCUAUGGUUUUACAUGCAAUAGGAUUACUUUAUUCUUUUCUACCUGUUGAUGAAUUUAUUACAAAAUUAUUUGAUGAAUUGGUAACAAUGAUAUUAACAGAUCCACACCUUGGAGAAUUUUCACAGGCUUUUAAUUUGACUGGAUGUUCCUCAAGUCAGUUUUCAUCUAACAAUGAAAGUAUUAAUGAAACUUUUUUCCAGGAUGGUGGUGGACUUUUCAGGACAUGGAGAAUAUGCCAUUUUGUUGGAGGUGUAGGAAUCCCCGAAAAUAAACGCUCCGAAGAUUCUGAGUGA